AUCCUCAGCUCCUCCACAUCCAGGAAACUCCUCCUCCCAAGUCCUCAUCAUCGCCGGCCACCUUCGCAGAUACUUCUCACGUCUAAUAAUAUAUUAUCUCUCCCUCUAUCUAGAGAGGGCAGAUAGAUAGAUAGAUAGAAAUAGUGCAGUGAUGGAAGUCUCUGAUGAUCAUGUUGUAGUAGAAGAUAAAACUGAAGAAACUCAGCAGGACGAAGCUCAACAACAACAACUCAAUGGCAAGAAAAUUUCAUGGCCAAAGUUGCCAAGAUACGACUCCUUAGACAUCGAAUCCAGAAGCGUCCCCGAUCAUGCUCAUGCCCAUGGCUCCAAGGCAGGUGUGGGGUGGUCGGUGGUGUUGCAUCUAGCAUUUCAGAGCAUUGGAAUAGUGUAUGGGGACAUAGGGACAUCACCUCUAUAUGUGUACGCCAGCACCUUCUCAAACGGCAUCAACCAUAACGACGACGUUUUGGGUGUUCUUUCUCUGAUCUUUUACACCCUCACCUUGAUCCCUUUGGUCAAAUACGUUUUCAUCGUCUUACGGGCCAAUGAUAAUGGUGAUGGAGGGACAUUUGCAUUGUACUCUCUCAUAUGCCGAUAUGCGAAGGUGGGUUUGAUCCCAAGUCAGCAAGCAGAGGACCUGGAGGUCUCGAAUUUCCAGCUCGAGUUGCCGAAUAGCCGCCUAAAGAGGGCAUCAAGGCUCAAGUCUAAGCUCGAAAGUAGCCGGUUCGCCAAAUUCUUCCUUUUGUUCGCCACCAUGCUUGGUACUUCCAUGGUGAUUGGCGACGGAGUCCUCACUCCUUGCAUCUCCGUUUUGUCAGCAGUGGGAGGGAUCAAGCAAGCUACGUCUGCAAUGACGGACGAUAUGAUUGUUUGGAUAUCAGUUGCAAUCUUGAUCUUCCUAUUUAUGAUUCAAAGAUUUGGAACCGACAAAGUGGGCUACACUUUUGCGCCAAUAAUCUGCGUUUGGUUCGCCUUCAUCGGGGGCAUUGGCCUUUACAAUUUCAUCAAAUUUGACCCAAGUGUUGUCAAAGCCUUAAAUCCAAAGUAUAUCGUUCAAUAUUUCCAAAGGAACAAAAAAGAAGCAUGGGUCUCCCUUGGUGGCAUUGUCCUUUCCAUAACAGGAACUGAAGCCUUAUUUGCCGAUGUGGGACACUUCACAGUUCUGUCCAUACAAAUAAGCAUGUGUUCUCUGACCUACCCAGCACUCGUGCUUUCAUACACUGGUCAGGCUGCCUUCCUCCGCAAGCACAUGAACCUUGUUGCAGAUACCUUCUUCAAGUCUAUACCAAGUUCUUUGUAUUGGCCAGUGUUUGUUAUAGCUGUAUUGGCAGCCAUUAUAGCUAGUCAAGCUAUGAUUUCAGGAACUUUCUCUAUAAUCCAACAAUCCCUAUCAUUGGGGUGUUUUCCUCGUGUGAAAAUUGUGCACACAUCGGCUAAGUAUGCAGGACAAGUUUACAUACCGGAGAUCAAUUACCUUCUUAUGCUGGCUUGUGUAGGGGUCACUUUAGGAUUCAGGAGCACCGCAAGGAUUGGCAAUGCAUACGGGAUAGCUGUGGUAUUUGUCAUGACUCUCACAUCAUCCUUUCUUGUUCUAAUCAUGAUCAUGAUAUGGAAAACCCACAUACUUCUCAUUAUCUCCUAUGUUCUUGUCAUUGGCACCGUGGAGCUUCUGUAUUUAAGCUCGGUCCUCUACAAAUUCGACCAAGGAGGAUAUCUUCCACUUGCCUUCGCGGCAGCUCUAAUGACUAUUAUGUAUGUUUGGAAUGAUGUGUACAGAAGAAAGUACUACUACGAGCUUGAUCACAAAAUCUCUCCGGAUAAGCUCAAGGAGGUUGUCACCAGAGCAAACUUUAGUCAAAUUCCUGGUCUUGCAAUGUUCUAUUCUGAGCUUGUUCAAGGAAUCCCGCCGAUUUUCAAGCACUAUGUUGAAAAUGUGCCGGCAUUGCACUCGGUUCUUGUUUUUGUUUCCAUCAAGUCACUGCCGAUCGGCAAGGUUCCGGUGGAAGAGCGUUUCCUCAUCCGUCGAGUGGAGCCUAAAGAGCUCAAUGUGUUUCGUUGUGUUGUGAGAUAUGGAUACAUGGACGCGCGCACUGAGCAGGAGCCUUUUGAGGUCUUGUUGAUUGAGAGAUUGAAGGAGUUUAUUGCAGAUGAUUUUUGGUUUUCUCAAAGAACGGUCAACAAUGAUGAAAAUAAUGGGGAAAAUGGUGCGGUGGUUGAUGGAGAGAAUGAUGAAAAGAGGCGUCGAGAAGCGGUGGAGAUAAGGGACAUUAAGGUUGUGGAAAAAGCAUGUCGUGCUGGGGUUGUUCAUUUGAUUGGUGAGAAUGAAGUGGUUGCGGGGAAAUCGGCUGGUAUAGGAAAGAGAAUUUUGAUAGAUUAUGCUUACAAUUUCUUGAGGAGAAAUUUGAGACAGACUGAGAAAGUGUUUGAUAUUCCUCACAAACGCAUGCUGAAAGUGGGCAUGACUUAUGAACUUUAGAAUUGGUGUGAAUUGAAGAAGAAGCUAAGAAUACAAAGUUAGAGCAAAAGUAAGCGUAAAUGGUGAUUACUAGAUGUUAAUUAACCAUGUCCCUUAGCACAUGUGUACAUAUAGAAUAAGUUGCAGUUUACACACGACAGCGAAGUAGCUGAUCAUCUAGACAUAAUUAUGAGCAACCUUUUUUGGUUUUGUUUUUGUUUUUGUUUAUGAUUAUGUAAUAUAUAUGGAAUUAAAGUGCUGUUACUUAUAUAUAUUAUUGUCUUAUUAAUUAGCUCUA